AUGGGAAAGGAAAAGACUCAUAUUAAUAUCGUCGUUAUUGGCCACGUCGAUUCAGGAAAAUCGACCACCACUGGUCAUUUGAUCUACAAAUGUGGUGGAAUCGAUAAGAGAACUAUUGAAAAUGUAGCGUUAGUUCUCGUUAGCUUAUUCGCAUUUCAAAACCUUCAAAAUAUUCUUCAUUCAAAAAAGAAUGACAAAAUUGGUCGCAGACAGAUUUCAGUAUGUUGCGCAACAUUUGAAAACUUUCGAGGAUCUUUCGCAAUAGUAAUGCCUAUCAAUUGA